UCGGUCGGGGCCGAGGAGAUGCCACGAGUCAGGCUACUUUUGCUAGAGCGCGCCAAUACAAGUGAAAAAGCUGCACGUCCUCUUUCGUGAAAAGUGAAAACUAAUCUGGCCAUCCACUCAGGGAUGCCAGAUUGUUCGUUCUCAUGCUGUUACUACAUGACUUGUACUGCCUAGUCUAAUCUACUAAAGUAACAGUUAGUACUAGUAGUAGUUGAGUUUAGAUAUCCUGUUGCAAAUGUAGGUAUCCUGUCUUGUAAGUGGCAUGGCGGAAAGGAUGGAGGUGACUUCCGAGAGCAGAGGUCUGCGCUGGGGCAUAUGCGGUCCCGGAAACACUGCCUACGACUUCGUGACAGCCAUUGCCUGCUUGCAGAAAGGAACUCACGUCGUCACUGCAGUCGCCUCCAGAUCGUCGCGCGAGAAAGCGGAGAAAAUGGCCCAGGACCGGGAGAAGUUUGGUGACUGGAUUAUCUGCAGCUCGCUGGCAUCACUGGAGCGAGGUAUCUACACGCAGUACGAGCAGCUAGCGGCUGACCCACAAGUGGAUGUUGUAUACGCUGGAGUCACUCAUCCGUACCGCCAUCUUGUUGUCAUGGCAGCCCAGGCCAGCAAAAAGCCGUGCCUUGUGGAGAACCCCAUGACAGUGACCGCAGAAAUGGCCGACCGCCUGAUCAACACAGCGCGGCGGGAGAAGAUUUUCCUAAUGGAGGCGUUGUGGACCGCUUUUAUGCCAGCAUACGACUUUGUCCGUGACCUUCUGAAAGAAGGCAAGAGUGGACCAAUCGGGCAACCCAAACUGGUGACUUGCCAUACAGGGUAUAAGGAGAGGCCCUGCUUACCACUGCACAAGCUGAAGGACAAGGGGCAGUCUGGCGGGGCAAUGAUGGAUAUCGGCAUAUACGGCCUGUAUGUGGCUUUCAUGGCGUUCGACGGAGACCACCCAAAGCAGGUCGCUGCGUGCGGUACCCUUUACGACACGGGCGUGGACGAGAUGGUGAAUAUCACGCUGAAGUACCGAGGCAAUCGCAUGGCCGUCAGCACUGUCAGCACGAACACGGCGCGGCCUCUCAGCGAGGCAACUAUACAUGGCACUAAGGGCUGGGUGCGCCUCUGCCAUCCGUUCUGGUGUUGCACGAAGGUGAUGAUUCAACGUGAGGAUGGCAGCCAGGAAGAGAAAGAAUUUCCCGAGGACAGUGGCCGCUACAAUUUUGUCAACAGCUCCGGACUUCGUUAUCAAGCAGAUGCUCUACGGGACUGUUUUCUGGCUGAUAAUGAAUUGGAAAGUUCAGUGCUGCCUCUCGAAGCUAGCAGCCAGUUCCGACGCAUCACGGACGAAGUGCGUAGGCAGCUGGGCGUCCAGUUCUCCGAAGAUGCUGGGCACUUCAAGACCUAGGGAUCGAUGAAUCACACCACACACACACUGAACAAGCUUAAUUACACCGACUUGAAAGCGGUAUGGAACACGGAUUGUCGUUGAAUUUAGUUUUCGUGAUAGAAUAUCAAUAACCGUCUGCGAUAGUCUUGGUGAAAAUUUAAAAUCUGCAUUGAGCCACCAAUUUUAUUCCCGCAUUGGCUUUGGUCACGUAAACGUGUUGAAGAAAUAGAUAGCACGCUAUCUGUCCAAAUUGCUAGUGGUGACCUCCUACUUUGCUCUUUUCAUAUAAUCCCUGCGUCUGUUCUUUUCAUAGGGACUUUUUCCUCUAGGUUACAAGACACACCAUUAUGGUCCUGGGAUCAGUUGGGUUGGGAUCAGUUGGGUUCUCCCCCCCCCCCCCCCCCCCCCUCCUCCCCACCCGCCUACACACAGAACCACUAUCCUUACUCCUCCAUUUCGGAGAUUGAUGCUUCCGGCUCAGCUAUUGAUAGGAGUGUCAGCAGCAACAUGAUUUUUCUUGGCAAAAUCCAUAGUUGAUUGUUUGCAAGGCGCAUAGCAGGUGUAAUAUCUCGCCACUUCCAUUUCCAUCUUCUUUCUUUACCUCUACUGUGGUUGUUCUUUUCUUUGAGCCAGUUUGGUUUUCGUAAGGACAAUUGCUUCAUACAGUA